AUGGUGCCGUUACCCAAGAGAAUCAUCAAGGAGACCGAACGCCUCGUUAGCGACCCGGUACCCGGUAUCUCCGCCGAGCCGCACGAGGACAACCUCCGCUACUUCGACGUGUCCAUCGAGGGCCCCCAGCAAAGCCCCUACGAGCACGGCGUCUUCCGCCUGGAGCUCUUCCUCCCGGACGAGUACCCCAUGGAGCCUCCCAAGGUGCGCUUCUUGACCAAAAUCUACCAUCCCAACAUCGACAGGCUCGGCCGCAUCUGCCUCGACGUCCUCAAGACCAACUGGUCGCCUGCACUCCAGAUCCGUACCGUGCUAUUGUCUAUCCAGGCUUUGCUCGCGACGCCCAACCCGAACGACCCGUUGGCUAAUGACGUCGCGAAGGACUGGAUUGCAGAUGAGGCAGCCGCAACCGCAAAGGCGCGCGAGUGGACAGCCCUCUACGCCAAGCCUGCUGCGCCCCAGUAG